AUGGUUCGCAUAAUCAUUAAAGGAGGUGUCUGGAAGAACACCGAAGAUGAGGUGCUUAAAGCUGCCAUCGCCAAGUAUGGCAAAAAUCAAUGGGCACGGAUAUCAUCACUCCUAGUAAGAAAGACACCUAAGCAAUGUAAAGCACGGUGGUACGAAUGGCUAGACCCUUCAAUAAAGAAAACGGAGUGGUCAAAGACUGAGGAUGAAAAACUUUUACAUAUGGCAAAGCUGAUGCCUACGCAAUGGAGGACAGUAGCUCCAAUUGUUGGACGUACAGCGACUCAGUGCCUAGAACGUUAUCAGAAGCUACUAGAUGAGGCUGAGGCCAAAGAAAAUGAAGAGCUCGGUCUAGCCGGACCAGGCGGUGCUGAAGCGGGUCCUAGCGCAGAUGAUAUACGGCGCCUUAGACCGGGUGAGAUAGAUCCAGAUCCAGAAACGAAGCCGGCUCGUCCAGAUCCUAUUGAUAUGGAUGAAGACGAGAAGGAAAUGUUGUCAGAAGCUCGUGCACGUUUAGCCAACACUCAGGGCAAAAAAGCUAAGCGAAAAGCCCGUGAACGUCAGCUUGAAGAAGCUAGAAGGUUGGCCGUCCUCCAAAAGAAGAGGGAGCUGAAGGCCGCCGGUAUCAUCAUGCGCCAUAAAUCGAAAAAGAAGGGCAUGGACUAUAACGCAGACAUACCGUUCGAAAAAAGGCCAGCGGCUGGAUUUUAUGAUACUUCUGAAGAGCAGGCACGGGUAGCUAGCGCACCUGUGGGUCAGUCUCUUCGUCGGCUUGAGAAUAAGCGAAAGCCAGAGGAGGAGGAAGCCGAGCGGAAGAAGCGUCAGCGAAAGGCUAGCGCUAGUAAGGAGGGAGCUGAAGGGUCUGGCCAUCAGACGAAGUUUAUUGCCGCUCGUGAUGCUCAGAUUCAACGGCUAAAAGAAGCUGAAGCUAUCGGCCGCCGGCGGAAGCUGGUAUUGCCUGGCGCUCAGGUUGGUGAACUGGAGUUGGAGGAGAUCGUCAAAAUUGGUCAGGCAGGCGAGAGCGCCAAGGCUUUGGUUAGCGGCGGUAAUGAAGCCACCGGUAAGCUUUUGAGUGAUUACGAGGGUCUCGAAAGCGCACGUAUGGCAAGAACGCCUCGCACUGCACCUCAACAGGACAAUGUUCUGUCGGAGGCACGAAAUUUGCGAAACAUGAUCAUGGCUCAAACUCCGCUGCUUGGUGACGAGAACACGCCUCUUCAUGAGGGCCCCAGUGGUGGUACAGGCUUUGAAGGAGCUACCCCCCGUCAUCAGGUCGCAUUUACCCCCAACCCCCUCGCAACUCCUAUGCAUGGUGGAUCUGAAGACUCGGACGAUAAGUCUGUGGUCAGCGCUACUCCUCUACGGACUCCCAUGAGAGACAAUCUCAGUAUAAAUCCCGAAACUGGGAUCGCCACCGUUGUCCAAACGCCGCUUGAUCAACGUCUUCGCAAUAAUCAUGCGAAGAGCAGCCUGAAGGCCGGUUUUAUGAAUCUGCCCAAGCCUGAAAAUAAUUUCGAACUGCUUGUGCCCGAAGAUGAAGAGGAGGAUGUUGCAAUUCAAGAUGCUGUUGAGGAGGAUGCUGCUGAGCGGGAUGCAAGACUAAAACGGCUGCGGGCAGAAGAAGAGCGGAGAGCUUUGGCACGGCGAUCACAAACUGUCCAGCAGGGCCUUCCUAGGCCUGCAAAUGUGAAUUUGGAGAGCUUGCUAGAAAAUCUUAACCUCGGUGAAGGGGAUGGACUGGACGAGGCUCGAAAACUUGUGAACGCCGAACUUGCUAGCCUACUACAACAUGACGCGAUCACUUACCCUAUUCCUGGCACGUCGCUUCCCGGUGGAACGGUAUCAUCGUAUUCAAUACCAUCUGACGAAGAUAUCGCGUCCGCCAAAGUUCAAAUACAACUAGAAUUGGCAACUUCGUUAGGGUUCCCAAAUGCUAGUGAGAUACAGGUGAAGGAGGGCCUGGCUUCGUUGUCGAAGUCGGAAAAAGUCGACGAGUCGUUGUCGUGGGACCAUACGCGUCAACAGCUUGUGUUUGACGUUGAUUCUCAGACGUGGGUGGAGCCUUCUGAGCUAUCGGACGAGCAACGUAUUGCUGGAUAUCGCGCUGUGUUUAACGACCUGCGGGACCAGGUGACGAAGGAAGGGAACAAGGCGGCUAAAGUAGAAAAGAAGCUUGGGAUCGUACUGGGAGGGUAUGAAGCGCGGUCGAAAGCGCUGAUCCAACGAAUCACGGAGGCCUUUAAUGGGUACACCAAGGCGGACAUUGAGCACAAAAGUUACUUGCGACUGAGUUCGAUCGAGUCGGUUGCUGGGCCUCGUAGGGUGAAUGCUCUGAAGGAGGAGGUUGCGAAGCUGGAGCAGAAGGAGAACGGGCUGCAGGAUCGACACGCGGAACUGCUGCGGGAGAGACGAGAAGUGCAGGAGCGAGUGGCGUUGAUGGAGGAGAAGAUGAUGGAGGAGGCGGAGGCUAUUAACGAAGCUGCUCUCGCUGAGAUGGAGGAGGCGGAGUAA